AUGCCAGCUGUUGGCGACCAGCAUCGCGGCGGACCCGUAACUAUCGGGAUGCCAAACAAUCCAGGUGCCUCCACGGCAAACCCCUUCGAAGAGCCCGAGCGACGUAUAAGCGAAUAUACAGCAUCGGAAAUCGCUACACUACAAUCACGCCUUGAUAAGCAGUUGGGGCCGGAAUACAUCUCGGCACGACCCGGUGCUGGAGGGCAGAAAGUGCACUAUCUCUCGGCAGAUAAAUGCAUUAAUCUUGCCAAUGAGGUGUUUGGGUUUAAUGGCUGGUCCAGCUCUAUUCAGAAAAUUGACAUUGACUUUAUCGAGGAAAACCAAAACACAGGCAAAAUCACACUUGGCUUGUCAGUGAUUGUCCGGGUGAUAUUGAGAGAUGGCACAUUUCACGAGGAUAUUGGCUACGGUCACAUCGAGAACUGCAAGGGCAAAGCGGCAGCAUUCGAGAAAGCUAAAAAAGAAGGGACAACCGAUGCAUUGAAGCGUACAUUGAGGACGUUCGGUAAUGUUCUGGGCAACUGUGUCUAUGAUAAGGACUACCUUUCCAAGGUCACCAAAAUCAAAGUCACCUCGAAUAAAUGGGAUAUCAAUGAGCUACAUCGGCACCGUGACUUUGCGCCUGUCAGAAAGGAGCCCGUUCAGCCAAAGAGGGUCGCUGAAGAUGAUGAUCUGCCUCCGCCGCCCACCGUCGCAGCUACAAGAAGCGGUGCCCCAAGCAAUGCGAUUUUUGAAGGCGAUGGCGAAUUUGGCAGUGAUCUGUUCGAUGAAGCCGAUUUCGUGGUGUCUGCCUCGAAUGGCAACCCUGACGAAAUAUCACUAGAUCCAGAGCCACCACGCCAACAACAACCACCCACGCCUAUGAAUCGCCCGAUUCCACCACGAGGGCCGCCUACAGGGCGAUUCGAUCAAAAUGCAGUAACACCUUCAAAGCCGGAAAGAUGGAAUGGAGGAAACCCAGCUAUGAGGCAGUCGAUGCCACCGAUGGCGCGACCGAACCCAGCAGCCAUGCCAGACCAGAGGCGUCCGAUGCCUGGACCUGGCCAGGUCAAUAAUAUGCAAAAUGCAAGGCCCGGAAUUCCUCCUAAGCCACAGCCCGGUCCUGGACCCCAAAUGCAAAAUAAUAACGCGCAGGUGCCAAUCAAGCCAGAACCUGGUCCCGGUUUCAACAAUGACUCGAACCUGCCACCCGCUUCUCAGUCGGUUGGGUUCUACUCUGCUAGAGUGGCAGAUGCUCUGCGUGAUAAUCCCAACGCGGUUCCUCUUCCAGGAACUCAAUUUGACCCGCACGCAGAAAGCCCGUCUAUUCGCAAAACUGCCGGUGUUGACCACACUAAGAGUGUCCCCAUCACCAGGCCAAUGCUGGGGACCGCCUCACCAGCAGCCAGUAACUCGCGGGAUUUUAUCAAUCCUGCAACCGAUUUGCAGCGCAAGGUCGGUGCCCCAGUUGGACCACCCGUUGCCGUCGGUAGCCCUCUGUCUCGAGGCCCGUCAACAUCUACAUUUCGCCCCUUAACCCGCCCCAACCCCGAUGCUAGGAACAACCCCGCAGCCAUGAAUCGAGGAAGUGUACCUCCUCAAAACAAUCCAAACGGGAAACGUCCUCCUUUGAAUGAUGUUACCAACGCUACCACAUCUCCUGGCACGAGUGCUGCCCCCGUUCCAGCGGGCCAAAAUGAACCCAAGCGACCACGAGUGUCUGAUGUCGCUCCUGAACAGCCACAAGCACCUCAAGCCCCAAAAUAA